GAUCGACGGACAGACAGACGACGCGGACGGGAAGGUGCCUGGCCGGGCGGGGAGCUGGCUGGCUGGCUGGGUUUGUGGCUUGCCUCCCGUCGGGAUGUCCGGGGCCAGCUAACUGAAGGGAAGGAAGAGGAAGAAGGAAGAGGGGGUCGCGAAAAGAAAGAAAGGAAGAAAGAAAGAGAAAAAGAAAGAAGCCAGAGCAGCGCUCGCCAGCCCAGUCGUUGCUCGGAGGGAAUCCGGUUCGCGUUUGCCCCGCUGGCUGCUGCCGCGGCUCCGGAGGAGGCAGGGGCCGACCCCGGACCGCCUCGCUCUCCAGCCCCCGCAGAGCUUGGCGGGCGGGGGGUCCUCCCGGGCUCCCGCCGGCGCUCCCCGCACGGAGCGCUCGCCCGGCCGCUUCCCUUCCGCGCCCGGGAGGCUCCCCGCAUGGCACCCUGGAGACUUUGACCGGCUCCUCUGGGCCUCGCUCCCGCCCGCCCUCCGUCUUGGCAAGCAGCCCCGGGAGCCGCCGCUCUCGCCCGCCCGCCGCCCCGCAGCAGCGCUUCGUGCCGGGCGAGGCGAUCAUGCGGAGCGGGAAGAACGCCGCCGCCCGCCCGCUCCUCUUCCUGGCCGCGCUGCUGGUGGCGGAGAGCUCCCAGCUGGACGGCACCAAGGUGAACUCCAUCAAGGCCACCCUCAUGGGCGAGGCGCCCACGCAGCCCACCAACCGCUCGGCCGCCCUGCCCCACGCGCUGCCCCCGGGCGCCGGCAAGAAGGGCAAAGUCCUGGGCCAGGGCGGCAAGGCGCUGAAGCAUUUCCACCGGCAAGGCGAGGCUUACCCUUGCACCAAUGACAAGGAAUGUGAAGUUGGGAAAUACUGCCAUAGUCCUCAUCAAGCCACUUCUGCCUGCAUGAUUUGUAGGAGGAAAAAGAAGCGUUGUCACAGAGAUGGCAUGUGCUGCCCGGGAAACCGCUGCAAUAAUGGUAUCUGCAUACCAGUGACUGAAAGCAUUCUCACACCACAUAUCCCAGCCCUAGAAGUACCCCGCAACAAGAAAAAUAAUCACUAUCCCAGCAAGGACUUGGGCUGGCAGAAUUUAGGGAAAGCGCAGUCCAAGUUGACACACAUAAAAGGUCACGAAGGAGACCCGUGUUUAAGGUCCUCUGACUGUACUGAGGGGUUCUGUUGUGCACGUCAUUUCUGGACCAAAAUUUGUAAGCCUGUUUUGCACCAGGGGGAGGUGUGCACCAAACAGCGCAAGAAAGGAUCCCAUGGCUUGGAGAUUUUCCAGCGAUGUGACUGUGCCAAAGGUUUGUCAUGCAAAAUCUGGAAAGAUGCCACCUACUCUUCCAAAGCAAGACUUCAUGUCUGCCAGAAGAUCUGAUGAUGCAGAGUCUAUAACCAGCAGGCCACAAACUCUACAUACUGAGCGCAGUGCAGCAUGGUGGACCAUAAGGAUUGUGUAAAUAAGAGCAGAAUGACCAAAGUGGCAACUUUGGCAGGAAUAAGCAUCAUCCCAGACUGAAUGACAUUUCUGCCCUGGAGAGGAAUGCCAAGGCAGCCGGAAUGUCUAAAUUAUUUCAGUGUCAUUCUGCCAAUGGUGCCAACUCUUUGUGGAAAAGUACAGUGCCAAUGACAGUUGAACUUUACCAUGCUACAUGCAUGACCUGUGACUUCUCAACAAGUUGUCUGCAUUAGUUGUGGGUAGCUUCUCCCAGUAUGAUUGUAAAAUAACUGCUCUACUACGUGUGUACAAGACAAAGCAGUGCUUUGCUGAUGGACAUUUCUAUCAACGCAUUCUUGGAUAAAAGAGAACUCCACAGCAAACAGUAAAAGAGAACUCCAUAGCAAACAGAACAUAUUUGGAGGGAAAAGUUAUUGUGAAUGUCGUAACCUGUUAACUUUACUUGUUAACAAUUCAAGGCUUUCAUAUGAAUCAGAAACUGAUGUCCAGCCAAACAGGAGUGCUAAAUUUUGCAGGCUGCUGAGUGGGUGGGAGGGAAUAAACAGUUAAUAUUUUUUAAGGAAGUUCACCUUGAAGAUAGGCAUUGAGCAGGGGUGAUAGUCUAUGUGGUUUAGCUUCACAGAUCGAUGGAGUGUUUUGAUCAGAAUGGUGUCCUCUUUAUAUAACACAGCACAUGUUUUUGUAUGAGUCUCAGUUUACUGCUAGCAAAUUUGAAGCUGAGAGAUAAACAGAGCUGUUCCUGGAUGCUCUCAGAACGGAAUAGGAUGUUGAGCUGCUAGUUGUGAAUGUCAAGAUGCUGGGAAUUGCCUGGUAAAUUCUUGUGUACUUUUGUCUCAAAGGGAGACAACCUUGUCCGUUGGCUGUAUAGCAAUUAAAGACUGUGCCAAGAGGGCUGUUCAGCAUAAAUCAAGGAUUGGAGACACUAAAGAUGGAAGCAUCAAGGUGCCAGUGGCAAGAGAACCCAUAAAAUAAAAGCUGCCAUGAACAUGGACACAUGAUCAGUUAUUCAUAAAGGACAUCAUAUGAGGAAACAUAACAGCACAGACUGGCAAAAGAGCAAGUUCUUACUUCAAAUGAGUGUUAACCAUGUGGAUAGUAUCAGCUGCUUCCAUUGAAUGUAGUGGACAACAACGAUUUCUUAAUUGCCGCAGCAGUAUUAAUAGAAUGAUACAUAUGAAUGAUGAAUUCUGCUAUCUGGUUUAUUUCUCUCCCAGCACCCCUGCAUUUUCUCUUACUAUACUCACUUAUCUUUUCAAAUGUGUUAUUUGUUAUUUAGCAGAAGAGGCUAGGGAAAGAAUGGAGGGGUAGGAUCGCCCCAGGCAAUAUGGUUGACAGGCUGAGAGAAAGUGUGUACCUGUUUCUUUGUUUUACUUUGUGCCAUUCCUAAGGGGUAUUCCGAUGAUAAGUUUUUCCCACCACCCUGUGUGAUUAAACCUAUGUUGAAAUGAGCCAUCUUAAAAGAAUCUAAAAUAAAUAGGAUCUCUGGCCACUAUGCUUCCCUCAACCCCUUCUUUGAAGCUUUCUGUUGCUACUUCAUGUUUGUGAGUUCUGCAAAUUAUGGCUUAUUUGUAACUCAAGCCUGGAAAUCAUAUAUGAGUUAUCAUGUCAUUAAGGAUUCACAGAUUUUAAAAUUAUCUAAGGACUUGUCUACACUACAACUGAAAACUGAUUCUGAGCCAGUUGAAAUGCCACGCUAGAAACUAGUUCAAAGAGGAUACCAACAUUUUUCUAAGUCUCUCAAUUCCUCUCCCUGCCUUAACACUCCAAGAAAGAAUGUAAAGAAAUCUAGAAAAGUUAAAUAGUUUUAAAGUGCAGAGUGCAUGUAUACAAUUAAUGCUGUACUUUGUACCAGUAUCCACUCACCUACAUCAGUCUUAACGCUCAGAAUAUCUUGCAUUAUCCAGACAUAAAGUAGACAUCCAAAUGCAAAUACAAAGCCCGAACAGGCAUUUAAUAAAAGGCAGACACUUUCAGGAGAUAGAUUUUUUUAGCAGAAGAUUUGCUCAAGCCUUUCUAUGUUGGUGGUUCCUUCCACUCAGAAUCUUUCCCCAAGCUGCUUUUAUCCAGCAAAGGUCCAGAGGUGAAGAAAAGUACCCUUGAAAAUUUACAAAUGGAAUACUACUGGGUGGGAGGAGCAGUUGGAGCAGGGUGAGCAAAAAUCUAUCUAGUAUAGGAAGGAACAACCCCUCCUCCACACUCCUGCACCUCUUCCAUCCAAAACUGCAGCCUCUCAGGGUGGUUUUUCAUUUUUUUAAAACUGUGAGAGCUCCUUUGUGAGCAUUUGCAUGUAAUAGAUUGUGUGUCCCCCUCACCUCCACCAUUACUACAUGCCAUCUUGGAGCUGAGGACUCUGUUUCAUUUUUUUCUUUUGAAAACAAUUAUACAGAGGGGCUUAUGUAACCUUUAAAAUUCAAAGGUUCGAUUCUGCAUCCCACUGUGCCCAGCCUGAAUAAGGCAUCAUUUCUACUAGAGAUUUUACCCUUUGCUGAAGUGAAUGGCAUCCACAUAUCUCACCCUAAUCCUUUUACCUCUGUGAGAUGACAGGAAGGAGUCCCUCAGCGCAGCCAGCAGUUGCAAACUAAGAACUCCCACUCGUUCAAAGGUUAUUGGAUGGCUUCUGCAUGCCCUUCCCUUAUUUUCCUGCAAGAUCUAGUAUUUGAAAUAAUUUAUUUACAGGAAAUGUUUAAUGAGAUGUAUUUUCUUAUAGAAGAUAUUUCGUACAGAAAGCUUUGUAGCAAACUAUACUUGCAACUUGUUGACUUUGUAAUUUAGAAAGAAAUGUAUAAUAAGAUUAAAUAUAUGAAGUGACCCUU